UGGGUAUUGGCCUGUAUUUAGGACUUACUUAUUCACAUUAGGAGGAGCAUUUCUAAGUUUCGUUUCUGAGUCGGUUCUGAGUUUCGUUUUUGAGUAGGUUCUGUUUUAUCAGUAAACGGGAAGCGCUCCCUAUGUAUAAAGGGAAGGCGGGUCUUAGCCUCUGACAGUCCACUCUGCUGCACUUCUACAACCAGGAUGAGGAAUCUCGACAGGAACCAUGAGUUUUAAGAGGCCCAUGGAAACUCGAAAGUCCUUUGGGGCAACAGCGCCACCAUUCAUUGACUACCUGAAAGAUAUUCUGAGAAGAUAUCCAGAUGGUGGACAAAUUCUGAAGGAGCUGAUCCAAAAUGCUGAUGAUGCCGGAGCCACAAGAGUUGUUUUCAUCCAUGAUAAGAGGAAUUAUGGUCACGAGAGUAUUUUGACUGAUGAAUUUGGAAAAUAUCAAGGUCCUGCUCUCUUUGCCUUCAACGAUGCAAGGUUCACUUCAGAGGACUGGCAAGGUAUUCAAGCUACAGGAAGAAGCGUCAAGCGAAAGGACCCAAACAAAGUUGGGCGCUUUGGGAUCGGCUUCAACUCUGUGUACCACAUCACAGAUGUGCCAUGGAUCUUAAGCUCAGACCAUCUAGCCGUGCUCGAUCCCCAUGAAAAACUCUUUGGACAAGGACAUGGGGGCUACCAGUGGUCUUUAGCCGAUAAUAAAGACCAGGAAACUUUGAAGACUAUCGAGGAUCAAUUCAGGCCAUUUCAAAACAUUGUCGAAUAUCUAUUACAAAAGAAGUGGACGGAGGUCCUCGAAGACCAGCACUUUAAUGGGACACUUUUCAGAUUUCCUUUACGCAAUGAGAUAUCGAAAAUCUCAGAUAAUUUGUAUAAUUCUGACAAAGUUGCCCAGCUUUUUGACAGCUUCAUUGCAGAUGCAGAGAUAUGUCCUUUGUUUUUAAAAAGUGUGCAAUCCGUGUCUUUAAUUCACAUCACGGCAGACAGCUGUGUCAAUGUCAUGCUUGAGGUGACUAGCUCAUGUUCUGAAGGAGCAGUUUUGGAGUCAAGUGAUGGAUCAAUCAUCAAGAGCUCAACACACUUUAAAGACAUAACUGUCACAUCAGAAGACCGUGAAGAAACCAAAAAUUGGCUCUUGACUACUUGUUGUAUGAAAGAGGGCAAUGUGCAGAAAUUGGAUUCACUGGCAGAGAAGCUGAGUUUUCUACCACAAGUUGACUUGGCGUUUCCAUGUGGUCAGAAUAAAGACAGUGGUGACAGUAGAUUGAGUUGCUUUCUCCCACUUCCUAACAAUGAAUCCAACAAGACUGGACUUCCAGUGUAUGUAAACGCAUGCUUCGGCCUCACAGACAAUCGAAGACAUAUCAAGUGGCAAGAAGAAGAUCAGAAACACGACGAGGGUGCCAUGUGGAAUGAAUUGCUGGUCAAAGAGGUGCUUCCACAAGCAUAUCUCAUGAUCCUUAAAGAUGCCAUUGAAUUGUCCAAAAUCUCUGAGCUCCCUCUCUCCUCUGUGUAUGGUCUUUGGCCAGACUUAACACACCUUGAGCAUAAAGAAAAAUGGCAUUCAGUUGCCCAGAAUGUUUUACAAUGCUUAUUUAGGGAGAAUAUUGCUGUGCUCUCUCUUGCUGCAGAUGAAAAAAGAUUUGUCUGUCCUUCAGAAGCUGUGCUGCCCUGCGAUUCUUCAACAAGCCCUAAAGUAUCAGCUGCCAUUCAGAACGUUUUGAUUUCUUGUGGAGUUAACCUUGUGAAAAUCCCAGAAUGGGUCGAUAGAGCGAUCGAGAGGGCAUACCCACAUCCUGAAUCCCUGAAACGAGUCACUCCAACUUUUCUCCGGACUAUUGUCCACAAAGCAGAUUUGCAGAAUGUAACAAAAGAGGACAAGGUAUCUCUUUUAGAAUAUGUUUUAAGCGAUGGAACAUACGAAGAACUCCAGGGCCUUCCACUGCUUCCUCUCAGUGAUGGUACUUUCAGAUCCUUUACGAACAAAGAGGAAGACGUCGCUUUCAUCGAUAGCCAAGACUUUCCAAGGUCCCUGCUGCCUGGUUGCAAACACUUGUUCAUCCCACAGGACCUGAGCACCACCUGCCAAUCACACCUGAAAAUGCUGGCCACAAGAGAUAUAUUCAACAUCAUCAACAUUGAUGCAGACAAGGUCACUGACCUGGCAAAGAGGUAUUUGCCUACGGAUUGGAAACAGGGAAUGGAGCAUGUUACCUGGGAAAUUGCAAACUGCGGGCAUCCGCCAGCCGGAUGGCUUCAAGAGUUCUGGAAAUUCCUUAACACUCAUUUCAGAGAGUUAAGUGGUUUCACUGGAAUGCCUUUAAUAUCCAUUGAGUCCCAAGUGGACCCCACGCAGCCCAUGUUACUGGCAAGAAUACAACAGAACACAACCCUAAUUUUUCAGAGAAGCAAACAGAAUAGCUUGCCACAGCAGAUUGCUGAAUGGGUGAGAAAGGUUGGCGGCACUGUUGUGAGAGGAGAAGAGUGGCUUAAACAUGAAGACAUAGACUCUUAUGUGCUGCCCCCUUCUCCACGGAGUGUCCUUCAGGUCUUCGUGAACACAGAUUCUGAUCAUCUCAUCAAAGUAAUUCAGUCAGUUUCUCAUGAUGACAGAGAGGAACUUAAGAACUAUAUCUGUCGCCUGGAUUCUCUCUCAGCCAGAGAGCAAGAUGUUCUCUCAAAGUUACCUUUGUUCCAGACCAUGAAGGGAUCAUGUGUUGAUUCUCAAUCAAAGCAGGCUGUGAUUUUGGGUUCCCGGUUAACGAUCCCAACAGAACUCACUAUGCCUGACCAUGUGAUACAGUGUGUCACUGAGGCCGACCGCAGACUCCUACAACUACUCAACAUUGAUAUCCUUGAUACACCUCAAGCAGCUAGUCUACUGAUUAAUUGUGUUCAGUGUGAUGCUUUUGGAAAGGAUGCUACAGAGAAAACAAUGACAUGGAUUUUAGAGCAUGGUGGUAACCUGUUCUCUCAAAAUAAAGCCUUAAAAGCCAAAUGUAAGGAGCUGAACUUCAUUCAACUCAACGGAGGCUGGAAAAAGACAUCACAAUUAUUUGAUCCUAGAAUUGAAACCUUCAAGGAUCUUUUUCCUUUGGACUUCUUCCCACCAGCCUUGUACACACAAACAGCACAAAUGCUUCAGAGUUUAACAGAACUUGGAUUGCUAAACAAGGAAGCAGAUAUCACUACUUUGCAUUUGUUGGAUGCUGUCAAACAGAUUGAGAAUUUGCAACUUAACUCUUACAAGAAGGCUGUCAAAAGGGCUGAGGUCAUUCUUUGCCUGCUCAAUAGCAAUGAUGUGCUGUCCAAAUUCUCUGAACCACAGCUCAAAAGCCUGUCGAUGAUGAAAUGGGUGCCAUGUGUUGAACCAGGACAACAAAACAAGGAGAGACUUGGUUUCUUCUGUCCACAUGAAAUUGGACAUACAAAGUAUGAGGACAUUGUUGGGCAUGUAAUGCCCCUGAAAAAAGAGUUUAGUGAGAAGGUACGCAAUGAACUCGGCAUCACACACUUGCCCCCACCUCUUAAAGUGUUGGAAAACAUGUCAGUGAUGUCAUCAAUUGCACAUACACUAAUCGAUCCAGAUCUAUAUGUGGAUUUCAACAGGAAGCUGCAUAGUACUUACAUGUAUAUGCAAGGUCACAUUUAUGAGUUUGCAGAGAUUGUGACCAAGGACACAAAGUGGUUAUGGGCACACAACAAGUUUGUUUCUCCUGUGGAUCUAGUUCUUGACUACCCUCCAAAUCUAGAUCUAAGUUCUUACAUUGGGAAAAUUCCAAAAGAAUUUCUUCCUUACCAGAAGUUGCUCAUCCAUUUUGGAUUAAGACAGUGCCUUUCAAGAGAAGAAAUAGUUGGCAUUCUUAAUCAGAUCAAAGACUCCAUUGAAGAAAGGCACAUACCAGUUGGGAGUCCUGGUGAGCUAAAAAUGGCGGUUGAUAUACUCAACUGGAUGGGGAGAGAGAAGAGAGUUGUUGAAGAAGACAUCCCUGUUCCAGUCAUUACCAAUGAUGAACAUUUUACCUUAAAGCCACUGUCAACAACAGUCUUCUGUGACAUCAGCAGAGAUGGUUUGGAGGCACUCAAUAAUCAUCAGGAAGAAUUCUAUGUCAUUCAUGCAGAGAUACCAAGAGCCACUGCUGAGUGGCUGAAGAUCCCACUGCUCAGCACACGGAUACUUAGCCCUGAGAUGAUAGGAAUACAACAGUGUGGACAGUCGGAACCAAUAACAAUGCGGAUUAAAAACAUUCUGAAUGAAUAUGACGAGGAACAUGACAUCUUUAAAGAGCUGAUUCAAAAUGCUGAGGAUGCUAGAGCAAAGGCAUGUAGGUUCAUGGUCGAUUUCAGGGUGCACAAAGAACCACCAGAAAGUCUUAUUGACCCUGGAAUGACUGCUUGCCAGGGGCCCUGUCUUUGGUCAUACAAUGAUGAGCAAUUCACAGAGGAUGAUUGGACCAAUAUCGUCAGAGUAGGAUCUGCCUCAAAAGAAAACAUGGUUGAUAAAAUUGGAAAGUUUGGCCUCGGGUUCAAUACAGUGUAUCAUGUGACGGACUGUCCCUCCAUCCUUAGUGGCAGUCAUCUCCUCAUGCUGGAUCCAAAUGUUACACACCUGAAGAAGCACAUAAAGGAAAAAACUAAUCCUGGAAUUAAGCUGGACCUAACCCACUGUGAUCUCUUCAAGUGGUUUCCAGGGCAGUUCAAAUCGUAUGAAAACAUCUUUGAUUGCCAUUUUAGCAGAAUCAGCACUUAUAAACCCUACCAAGGUACUCUCAUCAAACUACCCUUCCGAACACACGAAGAGGCUUUCAAGUCAGAAAUAAGCACUAAAGUGUAUGACAGGGUCAAUAUUGUUGGUUUCCAAAAUAAUUUCAUGAGCAAUUCACAAAUGUACCUGCUCUUUCUAAAAAACAUAAAUACAGUUUCUCUACAAAAUAUCACAAGCAAUGCCUCAACUCCUCCACAAGAUGAUCAAAUUCAGACUAAAUUUAAUGUUUCAAAGACCAUUGUGAGGAGCAUGAAGAUACCAGACCAAACGUUAAAAGAGCAAAUUGAAGGAGUUGAAAGCCUGGUCAGUGAAAAUAAAAAAUGCUACGAAUUAACUGACUGUCACACAGCCCAAAUUGUCCAAAUUGAACAACAAGAAAGUGGAUCAGUCAAGUUCUGGCUCCUAUACAAUUGCUUUGGAACACAACAGUGCCUCAAAAUGAUUCAUGACAAAAACAAGGAAGCCAAGUUCACUCUGCCUGUUGGUGGAAUUGCUGUGGCUCUCGACAAAAAUCCCAAUUCAGAGAAAUGGAUGCCAUCAAAAAAAGAACUAAUUGGUCAAGCCUUUUGCUUCCUCCCUCUCUCCAUUCAAACAGGUCUUCCAGUGAAUCUGAAUGGGUCAUUUGCAGUGACUUCGAAUCGGAAGGCUCUAUGGGCAAGGGGAGUGAAAAAUGACUGGAACAAGGCUCUCCUUCAGGACCCUGCAAAAUCAGCAUAUAUCACUGUGCUCUCCGUAUUGAAGAACAUGUCUCAAGACAAAGACUUGGAAGGCUACUGUUACUUCAUCUAUUGGCCUGAUAGGGAAAAAGUGACAAAACCAUUUCAACCGUUGGUGGAUGCUUUUUAUUCUGCUGUCGUCCAUCAAAAUGCACCAGAGAUCUUCAGUGAUGGCGAGCACUGGUGUUGCUUCAACAAGGCCAUCUUUUUACAUGAAAGCAUUGAAGAGAACAAGGAAAUUGGUGGACUUGCAAUGAGAGUAGCGCAAAGCCAUGUGAAAGCACCCAACCAUGUGGUUCCUCUUCCAAUUUGGCUGAGAAACAGCUUCAACCAGGCUGGCUUCCAAAAAGAUAUAGAGAGCAGAACAUGGAACUGGGAGACAUUUUAUGAAGAAGCUGUGUUUAGGAAUCUAGCUAUCAUGGAUGCUGAAAAUAGGAAUGCUCUUGUGCUGCAUGCCAUUGACCUCGACUUGACUGAAAUUAAUGACCUACUGAUGCACCAUCCAUGCAUUCCUACAAAGGGUGGACAACUUCAAUGCACCAAGAAAGUUGUUUAUCCUACUGGAAAAGUCGCCUGUCUUUUUCGACAGACAGAAGGACGCUUGCUUGACGGAACCAAAAUUGACUUUAGUGCCCCUAGAAGAGUGCAACGCUUGUUGGAACUUGGAAUGUUGAGUGACUAUAUCCCAUUGGAAGAGAUUGCACAAAAAGUUGGUAGCAUCAAUUAUGUUUGGAAAAAAGACAAAAAUAAAGCAUGUGUACAAUUGAAAUGUAUUAUGGAACAGUUGAGGGGUCAUCUGCCUGACAAGGACUCGCUCUACUGGGAAUCAAUCAGGAAUACUGCAUUUCUUCCAGCCUUUUCUCCAGAGUCGGGAAGGGUCACACUUCAGAAGCCCAUUGAUGUUUUUCAUGAAAAAUACCACCACCUUGUGAACAUGACAGAGCAUGUGCUUGAUCACACCAACUUGGAAACAUACAAAGUUGAUCCUGUCUUAAACAUUUUGAGAGUUCGUCAAAGUCCACCACUUGAGACAGUGCUACAACAGCUGGAAAGCACUAGUUUCAAAAACCAGAGCUCCAACGAAACAAGGCUUCACGAGAUAGUCAGUAAAUGCUAUACAUUUCUCGAUCAGUGGCUCAAGCAGCAUGGAGAUACCCCACUAAUUUCAGAAAGGGCACAUUCAUUUCCGUUCAUUCUUGUUGGCUGCAAGUUUGUACAUGCACAAUGUGUGGCAGAAAAUGAGGACUUUGAGGCAAAGCCAUACCUUCAUGUACUUCCAUUGGUCUUUGCUGGUUUCAAGAGCCUCUGGGAGAGUGUUGGCGUUCAAAAGAAAUUCACAAGAGGUCAGUAUCUCACUGUUAUCGAGGGAUUACAUGCCUCACAUGGACAGAAGCCCCUUUCCAAGCCCGAUCUCAAUAUCUGCCUCACAGUAUUGAGGGGUUUGUAUGAGAAGAAAGAAGAAAUAAAAGACUGUCUCAUCCCCAAUGAGCAUGGGGUUCUGCAACCUGCAGCAGAGUUAUCCUUCAAUGACAGUCCCUGGAUGCCGCUAAAUUUAGGGGUGACACUGUGCCAUGAGGACUUUAGUCGAGUAAUGGCACGCCAUUUUGGAAUCAAGACAACCAAACAUCAAACUCUGGAAAAUUCCUUAGUUGCAAACAUGUCACCAUUUGACUUUGAGUUUGAGCAGCGAGAGGAACUGACAGUGAGAAUAAAAAACAUUAUUGAGGCCUAUCCAUCCAAGAAAGAUAUCCUGAAAGAGCUAAUUCAAAAUGCUGAUGAUGCAGAAGCCACAGAAAUCCACCUGGUCUGGGACAAAAGACAGCACGGAACAGAAAAAACCUUUGGAAAGAAGUGGAACCAUCUGCAGGGCCCUGCAUUGUGUGUCUACAACAACAAGGUGUUCUCUGAUGCAGAUCUGAAAGGCAUCCAGCAGCUGGGAGAAGGUGGCAAACACAACACUCAGGCAAAACAGGAAAAUAUGGAAUUGGAUUCAACUCUGUGUAUAACAUAACGGAUUGCCCUUCUAUCUUAACUGGAGAUAAAAUACUCUGCAUUUCUGAUCCAAAUCAAACAUACAUUGAACAAACAUCAGGGAA